AUGAUGGAGUACACCAACGAUAUCAACACCCCACAAACCCCAGCAGUCACUGGUAACAACAACGACGGCUCACUCGUCCCCCGUAUUCCGGCACCCGCAUACAGCGUGCCAACUGCCGAUUUCAAUCAGUCCUUUGAGAGUCUCGCAUCUGAGUACGCGCAGCGUCUCGGUCAAGACGCGUCCCCAAUGUUCCCCAAUUUGACGAAUCUUAACGUCCCCGCGUGGUUCCCGUCCGACUCUGCAUCGAACGAGAACUCGGCCGGACCCGCCUCGAGCGUUUGUCCCGCCUCCCCGCUAUCUUCUACCACGCAAACACUCGUCGAUAACUUUGCUUUCCCAACUAUGUAUGCGCCUCAAAACCUCGAUUUCUCCAACUUUUUCUCCAACACUUGCGCCUUCCCAUCCUCUAAUUCCUCCUGCGGCUUUUCCGAAGCCGAGCUCGCCUUCCUCUCCGGCUUCAAGUACCCAGCUGCCGGUUUCCCUGCCUCCCCCGUCCCUGUUACUGUCGCUCUGCCCGAAAUGGAUACGUCCAAUGAGGUCACCGGCAAGGGCAAGGCGCGGGAGCUGACCCCCGUCGCACCCGCGCCUCCGUGUCCUAUUGCACCUGCGCCCGUGGCAGGUGUGAAGCGCACCGCGUCUGAGGUGGACGGUGUGGAUUCGGAUGCGGAGGGCUCGCCCUGCACCGAAGUCCACCGCGUGGUAUCCAAGCGCGAGCAGAACAGACUCGCAGCUCAACGGAGCCGCGCAAGGAAGGUCGAGGAGAGGGAGGUGCUGGAGGCCGAGGUCGCCAAGCUCAAGGACAAGGUCCGCGAGUUGGAGACGGCGCUGCAGACCAAGAACGCGGAGAACCGGCCCCUAACAAAAACCUCUGUCCCCACCCCAAGAGCCAAUGGCCUUCCCGAGGUCCAACUCGCACCCAAGUUGCCAGUAGAUAACCCACCACCCCCGUAUCAGUCAAUCAACAGCAUAAACCCUGUCAAUACUUACUCCGAAAACGGUUCUAUCACAAAUGUUUCACGGUCCGCAGUCACAACCAAUUCUCUCGGCCUUUUCGAGGUCGGGAACACCCCACCCACCUAUGCCGCCAUGAUGGAGUACACCAACGAUAUCAACACCCCACAAACCCCAGCAGUCACUGGUAACAACAACGACGGCUCACUCGUCCCCCGUAUUCCGGCACCCGCAUACAGCGUGCCAACUGCCGAUUUCAAUCAGUCCUUUGAGAGUCUCGCAUCUGAGUACGCGCAGCGUCUCGGUCAAGACGCGUCCCCAAUGUUCCCCAAUUUGACGAAUCUUAACGUCCCCGCGUGGUUCCCGUCCGACUCUGCAUCGAACGAGAACUCGGCCGGACCCGCCUCGAGCGUUUGUCCCGCCUCCCCGCUAUCUUCUACCACGCAAACACUCGUCGAUAACUUUGCUUUCCCAACUAUGUAUGCGCCUCAAAACCUCGAUUUCUCCAACUUUUUCUCCAACACUUGCGCCUUCCCAUCCUCUAAUUCCUCCUGCGGCUUUUCCGAAGCCGAGCUCGCCUUCCUCUCCGGCUUCAAGUACCCAGCUGCCGGUUUCCCUGCCUCCCCCGUCCCUGUUACUGUCGCUCUGCCCGAAAUGGAUACGUCCAAUGAGGUCACCGGCAAGGGCAAGGCGCGGGAGCUGACCCCCGUCGCACCCGCGCCUCCGUGUCCUAUUGCACCUGCGCCCGUGGCAGGUGUGAAGCGCACCGCGUCUGAGGUGGACGGUGUGGAUUCGGAUGCGGAGGGCUCCGCCCCUGCACCGAAGUCCACCCGCGUGGUAUCCAAGCGCGAGCAGAACAGACUCGCAGCUCAACGGAGCCGCGCAAGGAAGGUCGAGGAGAGGGAGGUGCUGGAGGCCGAGGUCGCCAAGCUCAAGGACAAGGUCCGCGAGUUGGAGACGGCGCUGCAGACCAAGAACGCGGAGAACCGGGUCCUGCGGGAGUACAUGGGACGCAAGUGA